UUGAGAUCAAGAAUGGGAAGAUCACCAUGUUGUGAGAAAGCCCACACGAACAAAGGCGCGUGGACUAAGGAAGAAGAUGAUCGGCUAGUUGCCUAUAUCCGGGCCCAUGGGGAGGGCUGCUGGCGGUCACUGCCAAAAGCCGCCGGUCUACUCCGGUGCGGGAAGAGCUGCCGGCUCCGGUGGAUAAACUAUCUCCGGCCAGAUUUGAAACGUGGCAACUUUACUGAAGAUGAAGAUGAGCUCAUCAUCAAACUUCAUAGCCUUCUUGGCAACAAGUGGUCCCUUAUAGCUGGGAGGUUACCAGGAAGAACAGAUAACGAAAUAAAAAAUUACUGGAACACACACAUCAGACGAAAACUCUUGAGCCGAGGGAUUGACCCAACAACUCACAGGCCCAUUAAAGAGCCCAUAACCACAGCAGUACCGUCUUCUCGAGACGUCACAAACAUAUCAUUUGCAGGCCCAAAUACAAAGGAAGAUGAAACCGUCAAAAGCCCGCGUGGAAGCCCGUGCGGCAAAGGUGGGGCUAACAGCCCGAGCCCGGUAAGAGAAUUGCGGUGCCCCGACUUGAAUCUGGAGCUCCGGAUCAGCCCACCGUACCAGCAGCAUAAUCAAGCGCCGUUAAGAAUAAAAGAAGAGAGUAAUAAUAAUUAUGACGAUAAUAAAAAUAAUAAUUCUGUCAAUGUAGUUAACGGCGUUAAAAUUAAAUCUGGGUAUGAUUUUCUGGGCCUGAGGGCUGGAGUUUUGGAGUUUAGAAGCUUGGAGAUGAAAUGAGACGGUGGUUAUUGGAAUAUGAUAUGUGACAAUAUUUUUAUUUUUAUUUUUUAUUUAUGU